GGACGAAACGAUCUAAUCGCGAACGCGAAACCCAAAGUGCGUAGAGGAAGGAAAGUGCAAAGAUGAAUCUGGUUGAUUGCAACCCGUACGGCAAUGGGUUGCUGUAUGCGGGCUUUAAUCAGGAUCAGGGUUGUUUCGCCUGUGCCACUGACAAUGGCUUCCGUGUGUACAACAGUGACCCGCUCAAGGAGAAGGAGCGACAAAUUUUCCCCGAUGGUGGUGUCGCCUACGUUGAGAUGCUGUUCCGCUGCAACUACCUGGCCCUGGUCGGUGGAGGUUUGCGACCACUCUAUCCACCAAACAAAGUGCUCGUUUGGGACGAUCUGAAGAAAGCACCGGCGAUUUCGCUCGAUUUCAAUGCUCCGGUCAAAGGGGUGCGGCUUCGGAGGGACCGCAUCGUUGUAGUGCUGGAAGGAAUCAUCAAAGUGUACGCCUUCACACAGACACCAACGCAGCUGCAUGUGUUUGAAACCGCCAAAAACCCGCAGGGUCUGUGUGUGCUCUGUCCGAACAGCACCAAAUCGUUGCUCGCUUUUCCCGGUCGGCGUACCGGGCACGUGCAGAUCGUUGAUCUGGCCAACACGGAAAAGGCACCACACGAAAUCAUUGCGCACGAAACGGCCAUCAGCUGCAUCGCGCUGAACCUGCAGGGUACACGGUUGGCAACGGCAAGCGAUCGGGGAACGCUGAUUCGCAUAUUUGACACGUCCAGUGGGGCAAAGGUGGCCGAAUUGAGACGAGGCUCGAAUCAGGCAAAAAUUUACUGCAUUAACUUUAAUCAUCAAUCGACGUCCGUGGUGGUGUCGUCGGAUCAUGGUACGAUCCAUGUGUUUAAUCUGGAGGAACCCACCAAGGGACGUGAUGGAAAUUCUUCGGGUGGCGGUGGCGGUGGUGUUGGUGGUUCUAGUUUGCUGACGCGCUACUUCACCAGCCAGUGGUCAUUUUGCAAAUUUUCCAUCCCACAAGGACCACCGUGCAUCUGUGCUUUCGGAUCUGAGAACAAUUCAGUAAUUGUGAUAUGUGCGGAUGGACAUUAUUACAAGUUUGUCUACAACAGCAAGGGCGAAUGUUCGCGGGAAGUUUGUACGCAGUUUCUCGAAAUGUCUGACGAUCAGACGUAAGAGUGGCGUUGCCAAACGGAACGCUGGAUACCAAGGAGUUUAUAA